AUGAAUAAGAUAAGUAUUCCGUUUGUGAAGAAAACCACGCGUGACUUCAUCCGGCAAGUUCGAGCAGCGAAAACUGCGGCUGAAGAAAGAGCUAUUAUUUCCAAGGAGUCUGCACUUAUUCGUAAUGCAUUCCGUGAGGAAGAUAAGGUAAAUGCCCAGUCGAACAUGGCAAAGCUGCUGUUUAUUCAUUUGAUGGGCUAUCCUAGUUACUUCGGUCAGGUGCAGAGUGUGAAACUGAUUGCGAGUCCUGAUUUUGGUGAUAAGCGAAUUGGCUAUCUGUCGCUGUCACUUUUGGUCAGUGAGGAUAAUGACAUUUUCCUUCUCGUAACGAACACUCUGAAGAGCGAUAUCAACUCUGGAGAGCAAUAUGUGGAAGGUCUCGCUUUGACGGCGGCAGCAAAUGUGUGUUCGGAAGCCAUGGCACGCGACAUCUUUGCGGACGUGCUUCAGAAAAUGUCGAGCUCAAACCCGUUCAUCAAGAAGAAGGCCUGUCUGUGUAUGAUCAACGUGCUGAACAAAGUCCCGGACAUGGUGGAAGACAUGGUCAAGACGCUGCCGACGCUUCUGGCGGACGAAGACCACGGCGUGCUGAUCAGCGCGAUCUCCCUGACCCUCUACGUCCUGCACAAAGCGCCCUCGUACAUCCCGAAGUUCCGCAAGCUGGUCCCCCGGCUCAUCAAGAAGAUGAAGGUGAUCAUCAGCGGCAGCUUCAAGAGCGAAUACAACAUCGGCGGCGUCCCGGACCCCUUCCUCCAAGUCGAGCUGCUCAAGCUCCUCUGCCUGCUGGCCACGAACGACGCGGACAGCAGCGACCAGCUGGGCGAUCUGCUGGCUCUGAUCGCGACCAAGACGGACAGUUCGUGCAUGGCGGGCAACGCGGUGCUCUACGAGACCGUGAAGACCAUCAUGAGCAUCGACGCCGUGAGCGGCCAGCGCGUGCUGGGCGCCAACAUCCUCGGGAAGUUCCUGCUGCACAGCGACAGCAACAUCCGCUACGUGGCGCUGUCGAUGCUGCUCAAGAUGGCGGAGAUCGACCACGCCGCCGUCUCGCGCCAUCGCUCCACCAUCCUCGGCUGCCUCAAAGAGAGCGACCCCUCCAUCCGCCGCCGCGCCCUCGAGGUCGUCUUCGCGCUCGUCAACCUCCGCAACGUCGAGGAGCUCGUCCGCGAGCUGCUCAACUACCUCAUGGUCGCGGAGGACGCGGAGCGCCCCGAGCUGCUGUCGAAGAUCACGUCGCUGGUGCAGCAGUUCGCGCCGUCGUCGCAGUGGCAGGUGGACACGCUGCUGGCGGUGCUGCAGGUGAGCGGGAAGUACGCGAACGAGGAGGUGACGUCCGCGCUCAUCUCCAUCGUGGGCAACGAGGAGGACCUGCUGGCCAGCUAUACGACGCACAAGCUGUUCCUGUUCCUGCAGCGCGACCAGUCGCAAGUCUCCCUCACGCAGGUGGGCGUGUGGUUCCUCGGCGAGUACGGCGACGAGCUGCUCCAGCCCUUCUUCGACUCCCAGCGCCAGCAGCAGCUCGACGCCGUGGAGCCCGCCGCCAUUCUGGACCUCGUCGAGAAGGUGCUCGGCGCUCCGUCGCUCGACGCCACCACGAAAAGCAUGGCGCUGACCGCGCUCGCGAAGCUCUCCGACCGCCUGGAGGGCUGCGACGCGCGCAUCGCCGCGCUGCUGCGGCCCUACGAGACGUCGACCGGGCUGCAGGCGCAGCAGCGCGCUUGCGAGUACCAGGAAAUGCUGGGCGACGCGUUCGCCGCGCUCCGCGAGACCGUGCUGGAGCGCAUGCCGCCGCUCAGUAUCGACAACGCCAAGGCUCGACGCGCGGAAGCGGAGGCCGAAGCGGAGGCCGAAAGCGACGCGGAGAGCGGCAGCGACGUCGAGGACGACGCCGAGGACGACGCCGAGGCCGCGCCGGCGCGGAAGACGGCGAAGAGCAGCGAGCCCGCGGACAUCAUGGACGAUCUGCUGGGCCUGGACUACGCGGCCGCGGGGCCCGUGCUCCCCGCCAGCGGGCAACCCGCGGGGAAGAGCGACGACCCGUUCGCGGGCGUGAUGGACAUGCUCAACACCAUCGAGACCCCCAAGGAAACGCGCGAUGUCGCCAUGGACGUCGCCUCUCUCUUUGCUCCGGUCCCCGCGGGAACCACUGGAACCGCGGUUCCGGAGACGACGGACCCGAUGAGCUCGAUGAGCUCGAUGGACCCGAUGGGUGCCAUGGGUGCGAUGGACGCGAUGAAUGCGAUGGACCCGAUGGGUUCGUCGAGUCCCGCGGGAGGGGAGUCGUCGGAAACGCCGAUGGAGGAUCGGUCGAUGAUGACGGUGUUCGAUGAGGAGGGCGUGAAGAUCGUGUUCCGUAUGAAGAAGGGAAGCGACGAGGCGGAGACGAUCAUCAAGGCGGUGAUCUCGAAUUCGAACGAGGCGGACGUGGAGGAGUUCGCGAUGCAGGCCGCGGUGCCCAAGUACAUGAAGGUGCAGAUGAAGCCCAUCUCGGACCCCAUCAUCCCGGGGAGGAACGAGGACGUCUCCACACAGCUGAUUCGCGUGCGGAAUAACGCGUAUGGAGAGAAGGUCACCACGAUGAAGCUGCGGAUUACCUAUGAGCUGGAAGGAGAGACGGUCACGAAGAUAUGCACGGUGGACGAGAUUCCGGAGGAGUUGUAACUUGUGA